GGACCUGAUGAGAGGAAUGGAUGCAAAAUUGACAGUGCUUGAUUACUGUUUUGCCUAUCAGUUUGUCUAAAUGAUACCAGUUGGCAAUCACCAUUAUCUAAUUGAAGUUGGUGGGAAAUUAUUGAAUGUUUGCACUGACAACCUGCAGCAGAAAAUAACAUAUAAAUGAAGGAAAAAAAGUUAUCUGUUGGACCAAGAAUGAAACUUAAUAGGAGGUGGAUUUGGAUUUUGCAUGGGUUUGAUACUGGCUUCCCUGGAAAAUUCUAUAAUGCAAGAUCAAAUGACUGGCAAACAAAAAUUCAUUUAUCAAGCCAAGCAAAUGGUGCAAAGAAGCUGGAGUUCAGCAAAAACAUUUGUAGUCAUGGGAUUUCUCUGCUGUUGAGUGUGUUGUUCAGAAGCCAUUGCAAAGAAAAAUCACACAUACGGAUAACAUAUAUGUCAAUAUAUCAUUUUAAUUUCUCAUAUGGGGUCAAAUGUUGUAAAUAAUUGUGUGCUGGAUCUUAUUCUCUCAAUGGUAAGGGCAAAUGAUGCGGCAGCAUGUUGCCUCUUCUUCAAGUGAGAAAUACUGAGGUUGAUGUACUGAACCUGUGUUGUAUGAAGAUAGCUUAUUUUAUUAAAAAGUGCAUGAGCAACAGAGAAAAAAGCAAGAAGAUCAGAAAUGGUUUGCCUCAGGAUGCUGUACUCAAAGCAAUAUCAGGGGUGAAGGGUAGUCAGUAUUGGCAAGAGGUGAUGCAUUGCUUUUAAUAGAUUGAGUGAUGAUGCAUUGCUUUUAUAUAGAUUGAGUUGUCUGCUUUGGACUGUGUCUAAUCACUAUCAUGAGAAGAACUAAUAUCUCUUUUGUUUAAAAUAAUGUAUUUGGGUUCACCGUGUUUUACUUCUUUUUAUCUUAUUCAUUUUAUUUUAUAAAUCAGAUGCUUUGGCUUUAAAUGAAUGCAUGCUGCUGUGUUUCUUAGGAAAGAAAAUUUAUCCCUGUUU